CUCUGAGGACAGCUGGUGUGAUGAUCAGAGUCAGACGAGACAGACGAGGACACGUCCACCUGGACAUGGAUCACCUGUUGGUGCUGAUGCUGCUGUGGAGCUCAGGAUUCCAGGCUGAAGGAAGACUUGAUUCAACAGAGUCUGUCAGGUUGGUGGGAGGAGCCAGUCGCUGUACAGGUAGACUGGAGGUGAAACACCUGGGAGACCAGUGGAGACCUGUGGAAAUCCUGGACUGGACCCUGAAGGAAGCAGCUUUCGUCUGUGAACAUCUGGACUGUGGUUCUGUUGUUUCUGCUACAGAGAACAAUCUGUCCUCAGAGACAUCUGUGUGGUUAAUCGAAGCCGACUGUCUUCAUCCUGGUUCUGAUCUGAGAGAAUGUUUACAGUCAGAUCGCUCUUCCUCCAUAAUGCAUCUCACCUGCUCAGACUCUGUCAGGCUGCUGAAUGGAUCCAGUCUGUGUUCAGGCAGACUGGAGGUGAAGUCUGACCAGACCUGGUCCUCAGUGUGUGAAGCUGACUUUGACCAGCAGGAUGCAGAGGUGGUCUGCAGGGAGCUCGGCUGUGGGCCUCCUUCAGUCCUCCAGGGGGCGCUCUAUGGAGAAGGGGAGGCUCCCAUGUGGACCAAAGAGUUCCAGUGUGGAGGCCAUGAGUCUGCUCUGCUGGACUGUAGAAGCUCAGACUCUGAUAGAAACACCUGCUCACCUGGCAGAGCUGCUGGACUCACCUGCUCAGAUCCUGUCAGGUUGGUGGGAGGAGCCAGUCGCUGUUCUGGUACACUGGAGGUGAAACUGGGAGAAUGGAGACCAGUGGAUGGUUCUAGAUGGAAGCUGAAAACUGCAGCUGUUAUCUGUGAACAUCUGGACUGUGGUUCUGCUGUUUCUGUGGGAGAGAGAAAGGAGACCUCACACAGAUCUGUGUGGUGGAUCAACUCUGACUGUAUCGAGUCUGGAUCUCCUCUGGGGGAAUGUGCAUCACCAGGUCAUGGUGACUCCAUUUUGAAUCUCGCCUGUUCAGACUCUGUCAGGCUGCUGGAUGGAUCCAGUGUGUGUUCAGGCAGACUGGAGGUGAAGUCUGACCAGACCUGGUCCUCAGUGUGUGAAGCUGACUUUGACCAGCAGGAUGCAGAGGUGGUCUGCAGGGAGCUCGGCUGUGGGCCUCCUUCAGUCCUCCAGGGGGCGCUCUAUGGAGAAGGGGAGGCUCCCAUGUGGACCAAAGAGUUCCAGUGUGGAGGCCAUGAGUCUGCUCUGCUGGACUGUAGAAGCUCAGACUCUGAUAGAAACACCUGCUCACCUGGCAGAGCUGCUGGACUCACCUGCUCAGAUCCUGUCAGGUUGGUGGGAGGAGCCAGUCGCUGUACAGGUAGACUGGAGAUGAAACUGGGAGAAUGGAGACCAGUGGAUGGUUCUGAAUGGACCCUGGAAACUGCAGCUGUUAUCUGUGAACAUCUGGACUGUGGUUCUGCUGUUUCUGUUGGAGAGAGAAAGGAGACCUCACGUGGAUCUGUGUGGCGGAUCAACUCUGACUGUGUUCAGUCUGGAUCUCCUCUGAGGGAAUGUGCAACACCAGGUCAUAGUGAGUCCACUUUGAAUCUCGCCUGUUCAGACUCUGUCAGGCUGCUGAAUGGAUCCAGUGUGUGUUCAGGCAGACUGGAGGUGAAGUCUGACCAGACCUGGUCCUCAGUGUGUGAAGCUGACUUUGACCAGCAGGAUGCAGAGGUGGUCUGCAGGGAGCUCGGCUGUGGGCCUCCUUCAGUCCUCCAGGGGGCGCUCUAUGGAGAAGGGGAGGCUCCCAUGUGGACCAAAGAGUUCCAGUGUGGAGGCCAUGAGUCUGCUCUGCUGGACUGUAGAAGCUCAGACUCUGAUAGAAACACCUGCUCACCUGGCAGAGCUGCUGGACUCACCUGCUCAGAUCCUAAAGAUGUCAGGCUGGUGGGAGGAGCCAGUCGCUGUACAGGUAGACUGGAGGUGAAACACCUGGGAGACCAGUGGAGACCUGUGGAACUCCAGCAUUGGACCCUGAAGGCUGCAGCUUUCUUCUGUCAACAUCUGGACUGUGGUUCUGUUGUUUCUGCAGCAGAGAGACAUCUGUCCUCAGAGACAUCUGUGUGGUUAAUCACCGCUGGCUGUCUUCAUCCUGGUUCUGAUCUGAGAGAGUGUUUAAUGUCAGGUCGCUCUUCCUCCAUAAUGCAUCUCACCUGCUCAGACUCUGUCAGGCUGCUGAAUGGAUCCAGUGUGUGUUCAGGCAGACUGGAGGUGAAGUCUAACCAGACCUGGUCCUCAGUGUGUGAAGCUGACUUUGACCAGCAGGAUGCAGAGGUGGUCUGCAGGGAGCUCGGCUGUGGGCCUCCUUCAGUCCUCCAGGGGGCGCUCUAUGGAGAAGGGGAGGCUCCCAUGUGGACCAAAGAGUUCCAGUGUGGAGGCCAUGAGUCUGCUCUGCUGGACUGUAGAAGCUCAGACUCUGAUAGAAACACCUGCUCACCUGGCAGAGCUGCUGGACUCACCUGCUCAGAUCCUGAUGAUGUCAGGUUGGUGGGAGGAGCCAGUCGCUGUGCAGGUGUACUGGAGGUGAAACUGGGAGAAUGGAGACCAUUGCAUAGUUUUGGAUGGACUCUAAAGACUGCAGCUGUUAUCUGUGAGCAUCUGGACUGUGGUUCUGCUAUUUCUGUGGGAGAGAGAGAGGAAGCAAUGAGAUCUGUGUGGGAGAUCCAACACAACUGUUUUCAGACUGGAUAUCUUCUAAAGGACUGUGUGAGCUCAUCAUUCACUUCUUUUAUUCUGGAUCUCACCUGCUCAGGCGAUUAG